AUGGCAGACUAUAAAGAUUUAUUAAAACAACGGAGCACAAUUAGAGCUCAAUUAACAUUGUUUGAAAAAUAUUUACGACCAUUACUGGAAACUCGAGAAAUAAAUAAGGUGCAGACAGACAUUGAGAAGUGGGUAUUGGAUGAAGAUUUAGAUAAACAAAUUGAGGACCGCGAACAAACAGAAAAUAAAUUCUUUUCUUUAAUUGCUGAAGCUGAAGCUCUGUUAGAAUAUUACAAUAAUGAAAACCAAUCUGAAACUUCAUCUGCCAACACUCAGUCUGCCUUAAAUCUGAAGCUACCUCCAUUACAUAUUUUAAGAUUCGACGGACAGACCAGCAUGUGGAUAACCUUCAGGGAUACCUUUCUGUCUUUGAUUCAUGAGAAUGGAAGUAUUCAAGAAGUUGCUAAGUUUCACUAUUUGAAGUCCUAUCUAGAUGGCGCUGCCAGUGACGUUAUUAGUUCUAUCGCUGUUUCUGCAGCUAAUUAUCGAAUUGCUUGGAACUUAUUAUGUGAUAGGUACAAUAAUAAACGUAUAUUAAUUAAUGAGCAUUUAAAAGCGAUAUUUUCAAUCGAACCUUUGUCUAAGGAAUCAGAUAAGGGUAUUCGUUGUUUAAUUGAUGCAUUUUCUAAAAAUUUAAGCGCAUUAAAUAGUUUAGAAGAGCCGACCAAUUCAUGGGACACGAUUAUUAUAUACAUAGCAGUUAGUAAAUUAGACAGUAUUACAGCGGGUAAAUGGGAAGAAUUUAGAAGCAAUAAGGAAUCACCUACUUUACAAAAUUUUUAUACAUUUUUACGUCAAAGGGCAACAGUUUUAGAGACAGUCAAUGCUAAUAGAUCAAAUAAAAAUGAAAAACGCAACAAUAUGGGUAAAUCUAAAUCAUUUAUUAUUUCCUCAAAGACAUCUCCUGAUUUUUCUUGCACAGUUUGUGGUUUAAAACACAAGUUGUUUGACUGCAGUAUGUUUAAAUCGUUACCAAUAGAAGAACGUAUUGCUAAGGUUUCUGCUGGUCGUCUAUGUAAGAAUUGUUUCCGAGGCGGCCAUCGAUCAUUCCAGUGCAAAAUGAGCGGCUGUAGAAUCUGCAAAGGAAAACAUAAUACCCUAUUACACAAACAACUUUCAUUACCUGUAAAUUCAACCACUCCACCUCAAGCACACAUACCAUGUGAUCAACAAACACAUGAUUCAUCUACAGUACUGACAACUACACACAAUGCUACCAUUCUAAAUGAACCUAAAACCACAGCUAAUUUCUCGAAUUCUAUAAUUAUGUCUGCUGUCGCCGCCAAUCAAGCUCUUUUGUCUACAGCGUUGGUCAAGGUGACAAACAAUGACAAACCCUACAUAUUAAGGGCUUUAUUAGAUAGUGGUAGCCAGUCUACGUUUAUAACUACAAAGGCACUACAGUUGAUCGGACUAAACAAUAUUCAAAGUGUUCAUCAAUGUGUUUCUGGUAUAGGAAACACAACUUUAAACAUUACUAAAUUAAUAGAUAUCACAAUACAUUCUACAGUGAACACCUUUAGCAUUCCGAUACGAUGUUAUGUCUUACCUCAUAUCACAGAUUCCUUACCUCACAAAUCAAUAUGUAUUAAUGGGUUAGGUAUUCCAAAUAAUAUACAACUUGCAGAUCCUAAGUUUUAUCAAUCAUCAGAAAUUGAUAUUCUUUUGGGAGCUGAUGUUUUUUGGGAGUUGCUAGAUAAUUCAAAAAUAAAACUAGGUCCUAAAUUACCUAUCCUUCAAAAAACUCAAUUAGGCUGGAUUAUAACCGGUCCUAUUAGCGGAGGUAGUUCAAAUAGUCAUGUUAUCAAAUGCCAUUUUUCUCAAGAGAUAUAUAAACAACUAGCUAUGUUCUGGGAAUUAGAAGAAAUACCUAAUAAUCCUAAAUCUCUUGAUGACAAUUAUUGUGAGAGGUUCUUUCGAGAAACUACUAAACGAGAUGACAAUGGAAGAUUUUGUGUACAAAUUCCACUUAAAGAAUCACCACAAGUGUUAGGUGAUUCAUACAACGUUGCACUUAAAAGGUUUAAACAAAUGGAAAGAAAGUUUAAACGCGAUUCUUCUUUCCAUCGAAAUUAUAGUAAUUUUAUAUAUGAGUACAAAGAGUUAGGGCAUCUUGAUGAAAUAUCCGAUCAUGAAAAAUUAGGCUAUUAUCUUCCGCAUCAUGCAGUAAUCCGAGAGAGUAGUAGUACCACAAAAUUACGUGUGGUUUUCGAUGCAUCGUCAAAAACGUCAUCUGGAAAAUCCUUAAAUGAUAUUCAAUAUGUAGGUCCAGUAGUACAGAACGAUUUACUAUCUAUCUUAAUACGCUAUAGACAACACAAAUUCGUUAUCACAGGAGAUAUUGAAAAAAUGUAUAGGCAAAUUCUUGUCGACCCUAAUCAGCGCAGUUUGCAAAAAAUUUUAUGGCGUGAUAACGAACAGCAACCAAUUAAAACAUUUCAAUUGAACACUGUAACCUAUGGUACCGCUUCUGCACCAUUUCUCAGUACCAGGUGCCUCAUUCAAUUGUCAUUGGUAUGCACUGAUCCUAUUAUAGCAAGGUUAUUGAAGGAAGAUUUUUAUGUAGAUGAUUUUUUAUCGGGUGCUGAGACUGAAUAUGAGUUAAAAAAUAUAGUUAACUCUGUAACUACUAUUCUAGCCUCUGCUUGCUUUCCGCUUCGCAAAUUCCGAACGAACGCCCCAUCUAUAUUUGAUGAUAAUCCUGACACCUUGACACCCAAAGACUUAGAUGUGAAUGCUCGAACUAGUGCUUUAGGUCUUAAGUGGGAUCCACGAAGUGAUACUCUUGAGUUUUCUUUAAAUAUUAAUACACAAGAGAGGAUUACUAAAAGAUCAAUCCUGUCCAACUCAGCUAAAUUAUUUGACCCCUUAGGUCUAUUAGGACUUUGUACUAUCAUUCCAAAAAUGAUUUUACAAAAAAUAUGGUUGAGCAAAUUGGAAUGGGAUGAUCCUUUACCAAAGGAACUGGAACAGUUGUGGAUAGAUUUUAUUUUAAAUUUGAACAGUCUAUCAUCUGUUCGUAUUCCUCGUUGUGUUUGUAUAGCUAAUCCCAUUAAUGUCGAGCUACAUGCGUUUUCAGAUGCAUCUGAAUCAGCAUAUGCAUCAUGCAUGUACAUGAGAUCGAUUGAUGAUGCAGGAAAUAUUUUAGUUAGAUUACUAUGUGCAAAAACCAAGGUCGCUCCACUUAAAGCUAUUAGUAUACCUCGAUUAGAACUUUGCGGUGCAUUAUUAUCAGCCUAUACAGCAUAUUUCUGGACAGAUUCAUCAAUAGUUCUUGGGUGGUUACACUCGCAAUCUCGCGACUUGAAAACAUUCGUGUCCAAUCGAGUAUCGGAAAUUCAGCAGCUAACACUUGCGCAAUCUUGGAGACAUGUGCCGAGUCAACUAAAUCCAGCUGACUUAGCAUCGCGUGGCUUGAAUCCCAAACAAAUUCAGAGGGUAAAUUUAUGGUGGGAUGGUCCUGAAUUUCUAAGGCAAAAUGAAAGGGAAUGGCCGCAAAACAUUGCACUUCUAAGUGAUUUACCUGAAAGAAAAAAUCUAACUACUACUGCUAAAACAUUAACAAACACUGUUACAACUACAUACACACAUACAAGUAUUAAUAUUAAUAAAGUCACACAAAUUAUUGAUUUCAACAAGUAUUCUAAAUUUACUACUUUACAGAGAGUCAUGGCUUAUAUACUAAGAUAUUUACAUAACAGUAAAUGUAAAAUAGACAAACAUACGGGACACUUAACUGUCGAAGAACUUAAUUUAGCGAUGAAAAGGUUAAUUAAACUACAUCAACAAGAAUGUUUUGCUACUGAGAUAAAUAUUUUAAAAAUAAACAAAAACUUACCUUCUAAAUCGCGACUGCUUUCUCUAAGUCCAUUUCUAGACGAUAACGGGUUCCUGCGUGUCGGUGGCCGUCUCCAAAAUUCUUCUGAAAUUUAUACAAAAAAGCAUCAAAUUUUGCUUGACUGCAGUCACAAUUUUACUAAACUUCUUUUUGCAUAUAUGCAUAAAAAGCAUUUACAUAGUGGACCACAAUUAUUAUUAGCCAACAUACGAAAUGAAUACUGGCCUCUGAAGGGUAGAAUUUUGGCUCGUGGUACAAUAAAUAAAUGUUCUGUAUGCAGAUUAAUGAAAGCUAAAUCUAUAAAUCCUUUAAUGGGAAACUUACCAGCUUCAAGAGUUACUCCAAGUUAUCCAUUCGAAGUCAGCGGUGUAGAUUUUGCCGGGCCGUUCUUGAUCACAGACAGAAAGGGACGCGGUUGUAAAAUAUCGAAGAGCUAUUUAUGCUUAUUUAUUUGUUUUGCCACAAAGGCAAUACAUUUAGAAAUCGCUAGCGAUUUAUCAACGGAUGCAUUUAUUAUGUGCCUUCGUCGGUUUAUAUCACGCAGAGGAAAACCGAAUCAAAUCUAUUGUGACAACGGUACUAAUUUCGUAGGUGCAAAUAAUGAAAUUAAUAGUUUUCUAAAUUCAGAACAUGAAAACAUCUCCACGUUUGGCGCUGAUGAGGGCAUUAAAUUUAAUUUCUCACCUGCAUACUCUCCUCACUUUGGAGGUCUUUGGGAAGCCGGCGUAAAGGCGGCCAAAUUUCAUGCGGUCAGAAUAUUAGGUGAUAGGCAUUUGACGUUCGAGGAAUUGUCGACUUUAUUCACACAAAUCGAAGCAAUCCUAAAUUCCCGACCUUUGACCCCUCUCUCAUCCGAUCCUACAGACUUAGAACCUUUAACUCCAGGGCACUUCCUAAUUGGUAGAAUGCUAACAUCAUUGCCAUCUCCUAAUUUGCAAGAUAUUAAUCCAAACCGAUUAAACCGGUACCAACUACUAGAACAAUUGAAACAACACUUUUGGGGACGUUGGAGAAACGAAUAUUUGUGUGAAUUGCAACAGAGGAAUAAAUGGAGAAUAAAUCAAGACAAUCUAAAGGAAGGAGACAUGGUUAUCUUGAAGGAGCCUAAUAUUCCACCACUAAAAUGGAGAGUUGGACGUAUACAUAAAUUGUACCCUGGACGAGAUGGAGUUGCUAGAGUGGCAGAUAUUAAAACUGCGAAAGGAAUUUAUCGGCGAAGCUUGCACCAAACCUGCCCACUACUUCACGAGGAUGAUAAAACAGAUCUUCGAGCCUCUGAACCUUCAGUCAUCGACCGGAGGGAGGAUGUCUACGCACAUAAGGAGAAAUAA